CGGUGCUGAUCCCUUCAACAGACUCAGGAAUCCUAUCUACAGAAUGCCAAGAAAUGAACAUGAAAUUCGGUUGAUGAUGGAGAAAAACGAUGUCUUUAUUCAGGCAGCUGCCGGGACCGGGUUGAUAAAUCGCUUCAUCUGGGUAUGGCCACCCUACAGUGAGGAGGAGAAGCCUUACGUCUCCAUACAUCUGGAAGUGGGGCUGAUGUACACAGAAGAAAACGCAUUGUUAACGUGUUACUGUAUGAAGUCAAACUAUAUCAAUUUCGAACAUUCUUGUGUUUGGAUACAACGGGCUGAAUAUGAGGGUGAAGAUGAGAAAUACUUUAACAUAGAGCGAAAAAAGUGUCGAGAUAUGACCCUGGGCGGUACGGUAGAGAUCGUGAGUACAGACAAAGCUAUAGAGCUGGCUAAGUCAGGCAGCUGGAUCAAGGCGAGUGACAGCGUCAUCUUGGACAUUGACGAGGACUUUUAUGGAUGUGAAGCUGUGUCCGCACCUCUGUAUGAUGCUGGGAUGAAUGAGGACGACAUUGAAGGUCUGUCCUUCUAUGUUGGAAAGAUUUUGUGUACUGACAAUGCAAAGGAUGAAAUGAAAGCUGAUAGAUACUUUCAGAAACUUCUCAAAGCUGUGCAAGAAACACUUAAACGUUGCCAUAGUGGCCGACUAGGAGAAGAGACAUGUGAGUCUAACCAUGCAUUCACUGAAGCAGUAUUAGCCUUGAUGCCAGAUAUGACAACAACGAAAGAUAUCAUGUGUCUUCCUAAAGAGUCGACACUGGUCAUGCUAGAGAACCUUGUCGAGCGUCUGUCACGAUGUUCUGACACACAACUUCAACAUAUAGCAAGCAUUGGCGUUUGCAUGUACGCGUCCCCAAGAUCAUCAAAUUUUAAUCGUAAUGACGCAAUGAUUCUCUGUAAAGGAUGCAACGGACCAAACAGCAAACGGGUAAUUUUUCAUAGUACAAAUGAACAGGAAAUCGCAACUACUUCCAGAAAUCUCAAAGAAAUGUUGACACAAGCUUUCAUCCCUAAAGUGGUGACAGUGUGCAGAUCUGUGAGGGAUGGAUAUACACCGAGAAAGGAGUUUCCACUGAUAGAAGAGGGGGUGUUGGGUGUUCUGAAAGCAGUGUACCCUGAUCACGUGACAGACGACACAAUACAUUACGACAGUGAGCUGCUGGGAGGGCGUGGAGGAUGGUACUUCAGAUACUAAAAUUUGAAUACUAUGUGUUCAUUAUUUGGCCAUAUGGUAUUACCAGGGGUAUACACAUUA